CAUCACUGUGCUGCUCAAGUCCUUCCAUGAGGGUUGGAUGGGAGGUUGGCUCCUCCUCGUCUGUUGCAGCAGCUGACUUCUCUCUCUAUAGGCAACACUGUACAGCACAAUACAAUAUCAGGAAAUCAACACACAGCACAGGGGAGCAUAACACUGGACACUGCCAGAGAUUUUAUAUACAAAGAGAGUAAACAAUUCCUGAGUCCAGCAAAGCACAAUCCAGGGAGCCAUGUACUACUGCAAUGGGGAGAACUGCAAUCAGACUGACAGCGCUAAGGAGAAAGGACACCCACGACACUUGAUCCCGGAGCUGUGCCGACAGUUCUAUAAUUUGGGAUGGGUUACGGGGACCGGAGGCGGCAUCAGCAUGAAAUACGGGGAGGAAAUUUAUAUUGCACCGUCUGGUGUCCAGAAGGAAAGGAUACAGCCGGAUGAUCUGUUUGUCUGUGAUAUCGAUGAGAGAGACAUCAGCUGCCCUCCACCUUACAAGAAUCUGAAGAAGAGUCAAUGCACGCCGCUGUUCAUGAACGCUUACACCUUGAGAGGAGCCGGAGCCGUGAUCCACACUCACUCCAAGUCCGCUGUGCUGGCCACACUGCUGUUUCCGGGGAAGGAAUUCCGAGUCACACACCAAGAGAUGAUUAAAGGAAUAAAGAAAGGCAGCUCUGGAGACUAUUACAGGUACGAUGACCUCCUGGUGGUCCCCAUCGUGGAGAACACACCGGAAGAGAAAGACCUUAAAGACCGGAUGGCAAGGGCCAUGACAGAAUACCCGGAUUCCUGCGCCGUGCUGGUGCGCCGCCAUGGAGUCUACGUCUGGGGCGACACCUGGGAGAAAACGAAGACUAUGUGCGAGUGCUACGAUUACCUCUUCGACAUCGCCGUGCAGAUGAAACAACUCGGACUGGAUCCGGCAGCUCUCCCUGCAGAAGAAAAAGGAAUUGUUUAAAUUCGAUCUUCGCAUUAUUUACAGCACAAUAAACAACCUGAACUUUGUCCGCACCGGGCGCCAAUCCUCAUUCUGUAAAGUGAUCGUCCUCUUUGGCUGUGAUGUCACCACCAAUUUUUUUAUUCUGAUGUUUUAAUCAUAGUAUGAAGUGCCAGUCAUACCUAGUGUUGUGUUCAAAAAUAAGAGCAGGUGAACUUUUAAUAAACAUUAGAGAAGGUAA